UUUCUGCUCUUUGUGUGGGGCGGAUUAGCGGACAGCGACCGAGCCGAGAGCAUCAGUUACCGGAUCCGAAGCCAAGCGCCGUCGUCGUGUUUUUACGCCGCGCUCAUCGUCCCGUGCGGACAUGCGAUUUGCAGGCUGGACUGCUUUGUGAGUAAACGAUCGCAGCCAUGACGACCCACGUGACUCUGGAGGACGCGCUGUCCAACGUGGACCUGCUGGAGGAGCUGCCACUCCCCGACCAGCAGCCAUGCAUCGAGCCUCCACCCUCCUCCAUUAUGUACCAGGCAAACUUCGAUACCAAUUUUGAGGACAGAAAUGCUUUUGUGACCGGCAUCGCCCGAUACAUCGAACAGGCCACAGUCCAUUCCAGCAUGAACGAAAUGCUGGAGGAGGGACAUGAAUACGCUGUCAUGCUGUACACAUGGAGAAGCUGCUCGAGAGCCAUUCCCCAGGUGAAGUGUAACGAGCAGCCCAACAGAGUGGAGAUCUAUGAGAAGACUGUGGAGGUGUUGGAACCCGAGGUCACCAAGCUCAUGAAGUUCAUGUACUUCCAGCGUAAGGCGAUUGAGCGUUUUUGUAGUGAGGUAAAGCGUCUGUGUCACGCUGAGCGCAGGAAAGACUUUGUAUCCGAGGCGUACCUGCUUACCUUGGGCAAAUUCAUCAACAUGUUCGCUGUUCUGGACGAACUCAAGAACAUGAAGUGCAGUGUCAAGAAUGACCACUCCGCUUACAAAAGAGCCGCUCAGUUCCUCAGAAAGAUGGCCGAUCCACAGUCUAUCCAAGAAUCCCAAAACCUUUCCAUGUUCUUGGCCAAUCACAACCGAAUCACACAGUGUCUGCAUCAGCAGCUGGAGGUGAUCCCUGGCUAUGAGGAGCUCCUGGCAGACAUUGUUAACAUCUGUGUGGACUACUAUGAGAACAAGAUGUACUUGACACCCAGUGAGAAACACAUGCUGCUCAAGGUGAUGGGCUUCGGGCUUUAUCUGAUGGAUGGAAACGUCAGCAACAUCUACAAGCUGGAUGCCAAGAAGAGAAUAAACCUCAGUAAAAUCGACAAGUUCUUCAAGCUCCAGGUCGUGCCUCUGUUUGGGGACAUGCAGAUUGAGCUGUCGCGGUAUAUCGAGACAAGCGCCCACUACGAGGAGAACAAGUCAAAGUGGACUUGCACCCAGAGCAGCAUUAGUCCCCAGUAUAACCUGUGUGAGCAGAUGGUGCAGAUCCGAGAUGACCACAUCCGCUUCAUCUCAGAGUUAGCACGCUACAGUAACAGCGAGGUGGUCACAGGCUCUGGAUUGGACAGCCAGAAGUCUGACGAGGAGUACAGGGAGCUGUUCGAUCUGGCCCUCCGAGGUUUGCAGCUCCUCUCGAAGUGGAGCACUCAUGUCAUGGAGGUGUACUCAUGGAAACUUGUGCACCCCACUGAUAAAUUCUGCAACAAGGACUGUCCUGGCACAGCCGAGGAGUACGAGCGUGCUACACGCUAUAACUACACCAGUGAAGAGAAAUUUGCCUUGGUGGAAGUGAUUGCCAUGAUCAAAGGCCUGCAGGUGCUGAUGGGCCGCAUGGAGAGCGUGUUUAACCAGGCCAUCAGGAACACAAUCUAUGCUGCGCUGCAGGACUUUGCCCAGGUCACUCUGAGAGAGCCGCUCAGGCAGGCCGUGCGCAAGAAAAAGAACGUCCUGAUCAGUGUUCUACAGGCCAUUCGAAAGACCAUCUGUGACUGGGAGGGAGGCAGGGAGCCGCCCAAUGACCCUUGUCUAAGGGGAGAGAAGGACCCCAAAGGAGGUUUUGAUAUCAAAGUGCCCCGCCGUGCCGUUGGCCCCUCAAGUACCCAGCUGUACAUGGUGCGAACCAUGCUCGAGUCUCUGAUCGCAGACAAGAGUGGCUCAAAGAAGACGCUGCGCAGCAGCCUGGAUGGCCCGAUAGUUCAGGCCAUAGAGGACUUUCAUAAGCACUCCUUCUUCUACACCCACCUCCUCAACUUCAGCGAGGCCCUUCAGCAGUGCUGUGACCUGUCGCAGCUUUGGUUCCGAGAGUUCUUCCUGGAGCUCACCAUGGGUCGGCGCAUCCAGUUCCCCAUUGAGAUGUCCAUGCCCUGGAUCCUCACUGACCAUAUUCUGGAGACCAAAGAACCCUCCAUGAUGGAAUAUGUGUUGUAUCCUUUGGAUCUUUAUAAUGACAGUGGAUAUUACGCUCUAACCAAGUUCAAGAAGCAGUUCCUCUACGAUGAGAUAGAGGCUGAGGUGAACCUGUGUUUUGAUCAGUUUGUAUACAAAUUAGCUGAUCAAAUAUUUGCUUACUAUAAAGCAAUGGCGGGGAGUGUUCUCUUGGACAAGCGCUUCAGGGCAGAAUGUAAGAACUACGGCGUGAUUAUCCCUUAUCCCCCCUCGAACCGCUAUGAGACGCUGCUGAAACAAAGGCAUGUGCAGCUCCUGGGUCGCUCCAUUGACCUGAACAGACUGAUCACCCAGAGGAUCUCAGCAGCCAUGUACAAAUCCCUGGACCAUGCCAUCAGCCGCUUUGAGAGUGAAGACCUCACAUCUAUAGUGGAACUCGAGUGGCUGCUGGAAAUAAAUCGACUGACUCAUCGGCUGUUGUCCAAACACAUGACCCUGGACAGUUUUGACGCCAUGUUCCGGGAAGCCAACCACAACGUGUCUGCUCCAUACGGCCGCAUCACACUGCACGUCUUCUGGGAGCUCAACUUUGACUUCUUGCCAAACUACUGCUACAAUGGCUCCACCAACAGAUUUGUGCGCACAGCAAUUCCCUUUACCCAAGAGCCUCAGCGCGAUAAACCUGCCAAUGUUCAGCCGUACUACCUUUAUGGCUCUAAGCCUCUGAACAUCGCAUACUCCCACAUCUACAGCUCCUACAGGAACUUUGUGGGUCCCCCGCAUUUCAAAACCAUCUGCCGUCUCCUUGGUUACCAGGGCAUCGCUGUAGUGAUGGAGGAGCUGCUGAAAAUUGUCAAGAGCUUGCUCCAGGGCACCAUUCUUCAGUACGUGAAGACUCUGAUAGAGGUGAUGCCGAAGAUCUGCCGUCUGCCUCGCCAUGAGUAUGGAUCGCCAGGUAUCCUGGAGUUUUUCCAUCACCAGCUCAAGGAUAUAAUUGAAUACGCUGAGCUGAAGACUGAUGUGUUUCAGAGCCUAAGGGAGGUUGGGAACGCAAUCCUCUUCUGCCUCCUUAUUGAGCAAGCUCUGUCCCAGGAAGAAGUCUGUGACCUCCUUCAUGCAGCUCCAUUCCAGAACAUUCUCCCCAGAGUCUACAUCAAAGAGGGUGAAAGGUUGGAGGUCAGGAUGAAGAGGCUGGAGGCGAAGUAUGCUCCUCUGCACUUGGUUCCUCUUAUUGAGAGACUUGGCACUCCACAGCAAAUUGCUAUAGCACGAGAGGGAGACCUGCUGACAAAGGAGAGGCUGUGCUGCGGGUUGUCAAUGUUUGAGGUCAUCCUCACACGCAUCCGCAGCUUUCUGCAGGACAGCGUGUGGCGCGGGCCACCACCCAGCAACGGUGUCAUGCACGUGGACGAGUGCAUGGAGUUCCACCGGCUCUGGAGUGCCAUGCAGUUUGUCUACUGCAUCCCAGUGGGCACACAUGAGUUCACCGCAGAGCAGUGUUUUGGAGAUGGACUGAACUGGGCUGGCUGUGCCAUCAUCGUGCUGUUAGGCCAGCAGCGGCGCUUCGACCUCUUUGACUUCUGUUACCAUCUACUGAAGGUCCAGAGACAGGAUGGCAAGGACGAGAUCAUCAAGAAUGUGCCCUUGAAGAAAAUGGCCGACCGCAUCCGAAAGUACCAGAUCCUCAACAAUGAGAUCUUCGCCAUCCUCAACAAGUACAUGAAGGCUGUUGAGACGGACAGUUCUACAGUCGAGCACGUUCGCUGUUUCCAGCCUCCUAUACACCAGUCCCUGGCCACCACAUGUUAAAAACCUCAGCCUACCACCGACACGCCUCCCUCCGGUGUGGGCGGAGUUUACAAGCAUAAGCAUUUUCUCGGCCGCUGCUUUCACAGUGGCACACAUACCUCCACAGUUGUCCAAAAAUUCGAUCCUCACGUGAACUGAAGGCCUUAUCCACUGUUCUCUGAGCCUCAAUUCUGAACAUCCCAAUCAGAUUCGUAAGCUAUUACACCAGGUCCUGCCUGGAAUACACAAGGCAAAUGAAGGUAAAGUGAAAAGUAACACAUUUAAAUAGAAUUAUUAAAUUAACCAGAGCGCGUAUAUAAAUUUUUAUUGUGAUUUUUUAAUUUUAUUUAUUUAUUUUUUAUUCUUGAGAUCAUUCCACUUGGCGAUACUGAUAGUAAAUGGGCUUUGGUAAAGACCAUCUUGGCAUGGCCAUUGUCCAUCUCUUUCAAUUAAAUUUACAUUUUAAUUUUUAAUGGAUGUCCCGAAAGAAAUACAGUACAGUCGUAACCAAAAUAAUAAUAAUAAUAAUCCGGUUCAUGUCCACUAAAGCGUUAAUCUAGUUUAAAUGCUUAUUUAUCCUUCUUAUAUUUGACACAUUUCAAAGAAGUUACCACAUACCGUUUCCUUCAUGACCCACUUAACUCUGCUUUUCUCAAUUCCUUUUAAAAUGAUCCUCCAGCGGAUUUACUCUUAAA